GAUCUACCAACACUUACUCUAAACUCUGCAGAAACUGCAAAACAUCUGUGACCAUGAAGUUGCUUCUCGCAGGAAUUGCUCUGAUUCUCAUUGUGGAAACCAAUGCUGAGUGGUACAACUUUCCUCGUGAAGCCGCUCAAGGAGCUCAUGAUAUGUGGCGAGCAUACAGGGAUAUGAGGGAGGCCAACUUUAAAAACUCAGAUAAAUACUUCCAUGCCAGAGGAAACUACGAUGCUGCUCAGAGAGGAGCAGGGGGCAGAUGGGCUGCUAAGGUUAUCAGUGAUGCCAGAGAGUUGAUGCCGGGAGGAUCGGGUCGUGGUGCUAAGGACUCUGCUGCUGAUCAGAGGGCAAACCGGUGGGGACGGGACGGAAAGGAUCCCAACCAUUUCAGGCCAAAAGGACUUCCUAAAAAAUAUUAGUAUGAAAGUUGUUAACUGCCAACAAUAAAAUGAAUGAAAGAAAUCCCUAGUAUUGUAGUCAUAGGCAUUACAGCUAUAGUUUACACAACAUUAUGCAUGAUUUUACCCUGUAACUGUUCUGUUGUGCUUGUUCUUACCGUACAAAUAAAAUCAUCUGCUUUCGCAUUUGUUUUGUUGUUCAAAUUAGUAAUGAUCAUCUAUAUAUUUUAGCAUACUUGACAACAUUGCCAGAUGAUAAGUUGCUUUUUUCAUUGUCAAGUGAAAACCAUUUCUCUGUUGGUGAAAUAAAGUUGCCUUGCAAAGGGA